UCCAAAAAGAAGAAAAACCCCGCGCCCUCCCCUCAAUCAUCCAUUCCGAAAACCCUACUCUGUCGGCGGCGAUGGCGAAGUCGGAGGCGGCGGCGGAGGCCGCACCGGAGACUGUGGGGCAGGCGGUGAUCCCGCUAGUCAACAGCCUCCAGGACAUCAUCGCGAGGCUGGACGGCGACGCCGCCGCCGGCCUGGAGCUGCCGCAGGUAGCGGCGAUCGGCGGUCAGAGCAGCGGCAAGUCCAGCGUGCUGGAGGCGCUCGUCGGCCGCGACUUCCUCCCGCGAGGGCCCGACAUCUGCACGCGCCGCCCCCUCGUGCUCCAGCUCGUGCGCCACUCGGCGCCCGAGGAAUGGGGGGAGUUCCUCCACGCCCCCGGCCGCCGGUUCCACGAUUUUGAACAGAUAAAGCGCGAGAUCCAGCUUGAAACGGACAAAGAAGCUGGAGAUAAUAAAGGGGUUUCCGAGAAACAAAUUCGUCUGAAAAUAUUUUCACCAAAUGUCCUAGACAUCACCUUGGUUGACCUCCCUGGAAUAACACGGGUGCCAGUUGGAGACCAGCCUAGUGAUAUUGAGUCAAGAAUAAGAACAAUGAUCAUGCAAUAUAUUAAGCAUCCAAGUUGUAUUAUCUUGGCUGUCUCUCCAGCAAAUGCAGAUUUGGCUAAUUCUGAUGCGCUUCAACUGGCAAGGCUUGCUGAUCCUGAUGGGUCUCGUACAAUUGGUGUUAUCACCAAGUUAGAUAUCAUGGACAGGGGCACUGAUGCUCGUAACUUCUUGCUGGGAAAUGUGAUCCCACUCAAGCUUGGUUAUGUUGGUGUUGUAAAUCGCAGCCAAGAGGAUAUCAACUUUAACAGAAGCGUCAAAGAUGCACUUGGUUUUGAGGAGAAAUUCUUCUCAACUCUACCUGCUUACCAUGGUCUUGCACAUUGUUGUGGUGUUCCUCAAUUGGCCAAGAAGCUGAAUAUGAUUCUAUUAAAGCACAUCACGAAUAUGCUUCCAGGCUUGAAAACUCGCAUAAAUGCUCAGUUGGUAGCAGUUGCGAAGGAGCAUGCUGCCUAUGGUGAUACUGUAGAAUCAACGGCUGGUCAGGGAGUCAAACUGUUGAAUAUAUUGAGAAAAUAUUGUGAAGCUUUUUCUUCAAUGGUGGAGGGAAAAAAUAGAGUGUCAACAGAUAAGCUUUCUGGUGGAGCAAGGAUUCACUACAUUUUUCAGUCAAUAUUUGUCAAGAGUCUGGAGGAAGUUGACCCUUGCAAGAGUAUUACUGAUGAAGAUAUCCGCACAACCAUCCAGAAUUAUGGCGGCCCAAAAGGGGCCAUGUUUCUGCCCGAGGUGCCAUUUGAAAUUCUUGUGCGAAAGCAGAUAGGUCGUCUGCUCGAUCCAAGCCUUCAGUGUGCCCAGUUUAUCUAUGAUGAGUUAAUCAAAAUUAGCCACGGUUGCUUAACCAGUGAGCUUCAGAAAUUUCCAAUUCUUAAAAAGCGGAUGGGUGAAGUCGUUAGCAGUUUCUUGAGAGACGGUCUUCGACCGGCAGAAACAAUGAUAACUCAUAUCAUUGAAAUGGAGAUGGAUUAUAUAAAUACUUCCUUAUUAUUGGAUUUCACCUUUGAUGGUACUAUUAUCGGUUCUGACAUACAAUUAACAGCUGAAAGAGGCCAAAAGUCACGUGCUGUUUUUGCAAGAGAUGCUACCAGAAAAGCUACAUCUGAACAGGCUGAUACAGAUGCAGGGACAAAUCUGACAGGUGGAAGUCAGAUGGGUAAUUCACAGGUUGGUGGGAGUUCAUCAAUCAAAUUACCCUCUAUCAUUCAGCUAAAAGAGCCACCCAUCACAUUGAAGCCGUCAGAAACUGAGCAGGAUGCAACUGAGGUAGCAAUUGUGAAACUAUUGAUCAAAUCGUACUAUGACAUUGUCAGAAAAAGUAUUGAGGAUGCAAUCCCAAAGGCUGUAAUGCACUUUCUGGUGAACCAUACAAAGCGGGAUCUGCACAAUUUUUUAAUCCGCAAACUAUACAGAGAAAACCUCCUCAAUGAAUUGAUGAGGGAAACUGAUGAAGUACUUAUCAGACGGCAGCGUAUUCAAGAAACGCUUGAAGUUCUUGAGCAGGCACAUAGGACACUUGAGGAAUUUCCCCUUGAAGCUGAAAAGAUUGAGAAGGGCUAUGACCUUGCUGAACAUGCAACCGGGCUACCAAAAAUCCAUGGCCUCAGUGAGGAUGGCCCGAAUGGCAUUUUGACAUCUUCCUCUAAUCGCUACGGUGCACAUCAAGCAUCUCAUAUUGUCAUAUAAAUCAGCAUGCGUCAGUGGCAUUAUAUUGGCAAAAUUGGAUCUGUGACGCUGAAAGAUGCGUGUUUUAGAAAUUUACCAUCGAAACGUCUCGAUUUGGUUGUUGGUUUUUGACUGUUGAAGGCAAGGAGAAAAGGAUUGAUCUGGAGACAAAUUGGUGGAUAUGUUGUUUCAAAUUGUAACCAAUUAUGGUUGUAUGUAUUAUUAAAUGAGGAUGAAUACAAUUGUUUCAGUGAAAAAUUGUGACCAGUUUGCAACUACCAGAUGACUACUGUGCUAUCUGUUCUUGAAAUGACAAUUUUGUGAUUCAGAAACCAA